UCUCGCUCUCCUCUUUUUCACUCUCCCUGCUGCGUGCGCAGCUUUCGCCCCAUCCCCGCCCCCUUGACGCGCCGCCUGCUGGUCCCGCGCGCGCGGACGAGCUUCCCUCAGAGCGGCGGCGGCGGCGCCAUGACGGCGGAGGAGCGCGGAGCUGAGGAGAUGAGCGCGGCGGAGGCGGCGGCCGCAGUGGCCGCGGAGGGCCUCGACAUCACCGCCAAGGGCGACGGCGGCGUCCUCAAGGUGGUCAAGAAAGAAGGGAUAGGCACCGAAUGUCCCAUGAUAGGGGACAAAGUGACCGUCCACUACACCGGAUGGCUUCUGGAUGGCUCCAAGUUUGACUCCAGCCGGGACCGAAAGGACAAGUUCUCCUUCGAUUUUGGAAAAGGUGAGGUGAUCAAAGCAUGGGACAUCGUUGUGGGAACCAUGAAGAUUGGAGAAGUUUGCCAGAUUGUCUGCAAACCAGAAUAUGCCUACGGCUCUGCCGGCAGCCCCCCUAAGAUACCUGCCAAUGCCACUUUGUUUUUUGAGAUAGAACUGUUUGAGUUCAAGGGGAAAGACUUGACUGACGAUGAAGACGGGGGAAUAAUUCGGCGCAUCCGAAAGAAAGGAGAAGGCUAUUCCAAACCCAACGAGGGAGCCUUGGUAGAGGUCGAGAUUGAAGGUCGGCACGAAGGUCGCGUGUUUGACAAACGAGAGCUGCGGUUUGAAGUAGGAGAGGCAGAAAACUAUGACCUCCCUCCUGGCGUGGACAAAACCCUACAGAAAAUGGAGAAGCUGGAAGAGGCUGUGGUUUACCUUAAGCCCAACUACGGCUUUGGAAGUGUUGGGAAACCAAAGUUUCAAAUCCCUCCAGACGCCGACUUGCAAUAUGAAAUCAAGCUCAAAACCUUUGAAAAGGCAAAGGAGCCCUGGGAGAUGAACACCCAAGAGAAGCUGGAACAAGGCGCCAUUGCAAAAGAAAAAGGCACCCAGUAUUUCAAAGAGGGGAAAUACAAGCGAGCAACGUUACAGUAUAAGAAAACCGUAUCGUGGCUGGAGCAUGAAACCGGCCUGUCGGAUAUGGAGAAGUCACAAUCCAGGAACCUGAGGCUCGCUGCCCAUCUCAACCUGGCCAUGUGCCACUUAAAGCUGAAAGAGUAUUCUCAGGUCUUGGAAAACUGCAAUAAGGCGCUGGAAUUGGACAGCAACAACGAGAAGGGCCUCUUCCGGCGAGGCGAGGCUCGCUUGGCCGUCAACGACUUCGAGUUAGCCAGGGCAGAUUUCCAGAAGGUGCUACAGCUCUACCCAAGUAACAAGGCGGCCAAAGCCCAGCUCCUGAUCUCCCAGCAGAAGAUACGCGACCAGCACGAAAGGGAGAAAAAAAUGUACGCCAACAUGUUCCAGAGACUGGCAGACAAAGAAGCAAAGUUGGAAUUGGAUGCAGGAUGCAAAGAAGAGGCCGACACGAAAGACAGCAAACAGAACGGUGUGGAGGAGAAAACAGAAGUUGACAUAGAGAUUUGAGGCUGAAAGUUGACCCGUUAGUUUUCUAAAACUGAAGAAUUUCCAGUGAACUCUAGACCUUUAUUUUUCUAUCUGAUUCGGUAAGGGGGCGACGGCUGGGGGCUGUUUAGCGUCUAUAUAGGAAAUGGUGGCAGAACAGAGCCAAGUAAUGUUUGAUGUAUUAUUUAUUCGGACAUGCAUCCUUUACUCUGUUGUUGUUGACCUUGGAAAGUUUCUGUUAGGAUCCCUCUUCUCAGUUUCCUGGCAUCUUUCUCAGGUUCCAGCUUGGCCUAAUCAAACGUCACAUUUUAUUCCCCCUUCUUUACUUUACUUCCCCCCAUCCCUUGUUUUUAAAAAGAAAAGUUUUAUCUGCACAUGCACACAGCUAUUUGCAUGAGGGGCCUAAAUGCACCAGAGCUCCCCUUUCUGCUGCAGCCUUAACGUUCUCUCUUUGGGUCUGUCGACCUGGAGGCCCCUCUGUUCCGAGCAGGGAUGGCCACUCUAUUGGUAAGGGCUCCUCUUCUGCAGGAGAGGAAAGAAGCAGGGGAACCAAAGCUCAAGCGGUACAUUCUUUAAAAAGUCUGGAGGCGGCAGUAGCCCUUGGACUCUAAAUGCAGAUAUUCCUCCCCGCUCAACAUCAGCAACACCCAGAGAUACAAGUUCGAUGAAAGGAUAUGUCUGCCAAUGGCAUCCACCACCCGCGGGAGCUUUGGCGUAAAGAGGACAGAUCAAAGGGCAGGCAAACAACAUCCGGCCAGGUCUUGUUGCAGGUUACAAAAAGGGUUGCUGCAGCGAUAUUAGCCGUUUCUGGGAGGAGGCUGCCCACAUAUGCCAUAAGCCUUCGAACACCUGCCAGUUUGUAGGACAUCCUUCUAGAGCAACCUGGUGGGGCCUACGGCAGGCCAGAAAUUCGGGGACUUCCCUAUUCCUCAACCCCUUUCCAUUUAGCAUAGAAAUACCUAAUCAAGGUAGAUCAGGCGUUGCCACUAGGAGAUUGGUCUGCAUUUCCACAAUUCCCUCGGAAGCCUGCCCACAGCUGCACGCCAACAGUUCCAGGUUUUGCUGAAAAGCUACUUGUUCACCCAGGUGGGAGAAAGGGAGGUCAGAAGUCCAGCAGCUCAAGAAGUCACAAGGGUGGUGGUGGUGGAGGGGGAGCGAGGGGAAAGGUCACUCAUAAUCCAAGCUAUUGCAGGUCAAGGAAAGGAGCACAGAGGUCUGUUUUGGAUAUCUGAUCGGAGCAGGUGGGUUGGGAAAGCAGGAUCAGAAUUUAUGCUUCCAGCUCAGUCGGACUCUUGGAAAAAGCAGGAUAUUCGUGCCUCAGAUAAUUUGGAAGAAGGGCACAACCCUGGAGAGCCUGUGCUUGGGAUGAGGUUUGAAGGGCGUCUUCCAAAUGGUCAUUGCCCUGUUUUGCUACUUUUGUGAGGUGUGGAUAACACAAGGCUUGGGAGCUCUCUGGCUGGGACCUCAGAAUAUAUUGCAGCCAAUCCAUGAAUUUAGGAAGGGCAGCGAGGGAUUAGGCCAAGGCAGUCGGGGGCCAGUGGGGAUAAGCAGAUCGAAGGCUGUAUGCAUUAAGUGGUAAUGGCUUCUGAAAGAAAAGCAAACCCAAAUGGAGUCAUUUCAUAAUUGGCUUUUUAAAACAAUUAAUGCAACACCGCUCUGUUUUGCCAAUUAAGCAGAUUAAAACUGUUAUAAUCUCGA